AUGAAUGAGGGCGGGCUGAGGAUGCUGGGCGUCGUGAUAAUUUUGGCAGGUGUGACCGGGGUUUCAGCCCAGUGCCAGGGUCCCAGUACCGCCGUGGUUGUGGUUGCCAGUGUCUUCAGUACACUUGCUGUCGUAUUCUUAGUGUUGGGAAUUAUUGCAUUUCUGGUGUGGAGACGUCGUAGAGGUCUGUCUAGCCCCACUAAUACGCCGUCAAAGAAGAACCAUCUACAGGAAGUUAGGGAUGUCCCCUCCCCAGAAGGGGGUGUGUCUAAUCCAGCAUUUAGUGACAUAGAUGUCAGUUUAGCAGAAGAAGGAGUGAGUUAUGUCCAGUGUAAAGAGUACAAAGGUUCGCCUCCCAAACAAAAGUUGCCACAGACCAAUGGAGGGAAGGACACAUCUAAGAAAUACUGGGUAUCUUUGCCAUCAGGGAAUGCAUCAGGUCUAAAGAGAAAUGGGUCUGUGGGCUCACUCGAUGAUGGGCUCAUGUCAAUGGAUCCAGAAGUGACCAGUGUAUGGCUACAAAGCCAGGACUUCAUUGGUUUAGGGUUUAACAUUGCUGGCAGCAUGAGGGAUGGAAUCUUUGUCAGUCAAGUCCAUAAUAGAGGCCCUGCCAUCGAGUCAGGAAAAUUCAAAGUUGGAGACCGCAUUCAAAGCGUGACCAUCUCAUUUGCUAACAUGGUUUUUGAGGAUGCCCUGACCAUCUUAAGUUAUGCCUCCCCGUACCCUGUCAAAGUCACCUUACAGAAGGAACACCAGCAUCAGAAGAACCGCCGUCUCAGUGACCAUAGCACACGCCUGGCUCACCCGUUAUAUCGAAGCCAAUCAGUAGACACUUUACUGAAGAUCAACCGCCAGGCAAAAGUGACUCCUAAAAGAAGUUUUAGUGAAAUGAGAUCGGAGACUCGAACAAAUCCUUCUCCUAAGAAAAAUGUCCUACAUGUUAAACAGACUAGUGUUCCAGAAGAAGUCAGACCAAGUCCGAUAUUAGCUACGGAGAUUCCACAAAUCAAAGUUAUACCUGCCAAGAAUAUCAAUUUAAAUCAAGCUGUGGCUCAGUCAGAUGUAGUAGUUCACAAAGUGGAUGAUUUCAAUGUUGAAACUGAAACAGAAAAUGUGCAAUUAAGGAAUAAAGACAAUAAAAAGCUUACCCCCGCAGUUAAAUUUGUUAUGCAAGAAAAGCCGACAGAUUCACUGGUAACUCCUGGACCAGUAGCACCUGCUAAUGAUAACACAGACACUGAGGCUGCCCGUGAUUUUGUGGAAGUAUUCGAUACAUUAAACGAGGAAGAUAAACUGGAUAUGCUACGGUUAAGUUAUGAAGACCCAGACACAAGUGCUAAUGAAAGCCUAGUAAUACCAACAAAUGAAACAAAAACGGAGAUUUCUCUGCCUCAAUUUGAAAUCAAGACGGAUUCUCCAGGAUUAAAUACAGAUUAUGUAAAUGUAGAAUUGAGGUCUCCCCCUCCCACAAAGCCAGAACGCAGGAAAAAGAAAAACUCCACUGAGGAUGGUGAUGAUCCAGGAACACCACAAGACUUCAGUGAAAUUCCUCUAGAACUGUCUAAUGAUGACAUCAUUCCUACCAUCUCCAUAGUGUCGCAGAGUCAGCCAAUCAACACACAGGAGGUCUCUGAGGAUUUUAUUGUUGCAAAAAAACAUGCUAGAGAUACAAAUAUUGGUUCUCCGAACUUCGAGCUAUCUCCUAUUGUAGCCACCUGUGAGGAGGUCCCUGAAAUGGCUGUGUCCAGUAAGCUUCCACCAGACCUUGGACCACCCCCUCCUAUCCCUCAGGAGGAAGGGGAGGAUAGUGGUGGUGACUGUAGUCGUACCCUUGUGGAUUACAGCCUCUCAGAUAUGGAAAGCACACUGACACGACCUCGCAGUCCAGAAGUAAAUGUUGAGGAGGAUCUUAUCAUGCCUCAGUUUUUGUCCAAGGAGCCACUUGAGUCGGUGAUGCCACGUCUCUUUUCCUCAGCAGACAGUUUACCGUCCGAUCAACGCCACUUGCAGGAUUCAGGUAGUGAUGAUGACGACAGUUCAUCGGAGAACAAAGAUACAAUAGUGGAGAUGGAAAACAACUCCUCACCUAUUGACCUCAGCUUUAACAUGACCUCUGAUCCCAGCUUGUUUUCUACACCAUUUCCAAAGAGAAACACCAAGGAGACGCAAAGUGGCAUGGCUUAUGAUAUCUCGGUGCAGGAAUUAGAUGUCAUUGAAUCAGAAAAGAAGAAAAAGUUGCAUCCUUCUGGGGAUCCUAAAGGAGGAAUAGCCUAUGUGAUCAGGGAUGAUGUUGUAAGUGGUGUACAGAGGACAAUUAACUAUGACCACAGCACAGUAUCUAAAUCAAUGUCAUAUGCUGGGACAGAGCACUCAUCACUAGAGCACAAACAACACACAGGUUCUCUGAAAGACAUCAACAAAGCAUCAGAUGAAGAGGAGAGUGAUCUGGAUUGGUCAGGAAAAAGAUUGGUUCGAUCAGAACUAUUCUCAGACAUUCCUCAGAAUGAUUCUGUCAGUGAUUGGACAGAACAAAAACUGGAUGACGAAAGUACUUUGGUAUUACAGAGUUCUUACCAGGACAAUAGUGUGACUUCCUCAGAGGAAAAUUUAAAUGACAUUGAUAACCCCAGACUGAUGAGGGCAAAUAUAUUCAGGGCAAGAGAAAAUCUUGCAAACUUGUCAGAUAAUUCUGAUUCUAUGAUUCUGACAUCAGAAUCGGCCAGUCACAGUGAAAGUUCUACCCCUCCUCCACCGUACACUACAGCAAAUGGGGAAAAUGAUGUUGCCAUCUCACCAGAAACAACACCCACCAAAACACCAUACAACCUCAUGGAUGUUCACAAUGAACAAUCCAUCAGUACUGACCUGGAAAACAAUGAGGUCAUUACCAAUGUAAUCACAUCAAAGUAUGACGUGUCUGGUAAUGGUGGUUUCAAUGUCGCACUGAAUACCUCAGCUGAGGACAAGGAUGACACAGACUGCUAG